AUGUCUGGAAAGGGAGUCCUUCAAGGUCAGACUUCUCCGAUCCUUGAUCUCGAAGACCUCUACGAGACGACAGUGGAGGAGCUCCAGCACCUCCUCGGUGACCCUGACCACCACCGCUGGUCCCUGGAGGACGAGAUUCGCAUAGACGACUGGUUGGUUCAGCUUUGUGUUUGGGGAAGUGAUUUGGAUGUUGAAUCAGGAGCUCUGCAAAAGCUGCGCGAGAAGGAGGCGGUUAUCGUGAGGGGCGACCUCGAUCGUAUACGAUCCAGCAUCGCCGUGGCUAAAUAUCUAUUUUUUCUGGAGCCCAGAGCUAGAUCGGCGGAGAAUGCAUUGGACCGACUGGGCCUCAACAUCCAGAACUUGUGCGAGCUUUCCAAUUCUUUGCAGAUCGCUAUAGAUCUUGGAGAGCGGAAGGGCCCAGCAUUCAAGGUCAAGGAAUACAUGGACCUAGUCAGUUGGAAGCUAGCUCCUCCCCAACCCAGCGACCUAAAAGACGUUGAUCAGGAAAGCUCUGGGACACACACAUCCCUAGACACUACCAUGCAAGACGCAGAAACUGGGUUCUCUGCAGAUCUGCUAUCCGUCUUGCAUCGAUGUCAAAGACUAAGUGCCAGUGGAGACCCAUUCUGGCCGGACGGGCUCCUCAAACGCAUCAUGACAAGAGAAAGAGUCCUCGAAAGUCUUGAUUCACACGCCCAAGAGUCUAUUGACAUCAUCGUUCUACCAGAGGAGGUGGACCCAAGUCUUUCAGGCCGAGGGUUGAUUAAGAUCUAUGCGCUUCUGAUCUUGCUAGGGAAGAGUGACCAAAUCUUAGUGUUCAUCGAGGAAGGGCUGCUUGAUAAAGACUUGCCACUUCGCUUCGACGAGAGGAGCCUCUUUGACUCCCAGCAGUGGGGGUUUGCUGUCCCAUCCUUACGGCUUGCACCUGAUGGGUCUCCGAAUCAUUACGACUUGGAUAGACGAGCGAUCAUCCCUUGGGCAUAUGAUAGCACAUAUCCUGUUCUGGAAAUUGCCGGGGACAACGAUGGGGAAGUUUCAGAAGUGCAUCGCAUUACCAUUGACCCCGACAGUCAAGGACUGUGGGAGCCGCUGCAGGAGAUGGGCCUAGACGACACGUUCUUCGCCCUCAAAACACUAUCUAUGGAACACGGAGAUAAGGACACGUUUAGUAUGGAACUCGAUCAGUUACGGACGCUGAACGUUACUAGAUAUCAGCACCUCGUUACCCUCCUUGCCUCAAUCAGCUACAACGGGAGUUUUGGAAGGAUUGACACCCAGAGCGACCGCCUCAUGAUCUGGAAGAGAUGCGAUGGCUCAUACGACAACUUGCGGGGCUUGCGGGAGCCAUGGGCACCGUCCACACGCAACGAGGGUACCACGGGGACAUCUGCCCCAACAGAUCCAUUAGCCAAAAUCAAUCUUGGUGAUGUCUCUCCCCGCUAUUGGCGCCUGAGACAUAACUCUCAAGGGGAUACGUCAUCACAAACAUACGACCUCUGGUCCCUCGGAUACGUCUUCUUGGAGUUUGUCGCCUGGUUUCUGGGCGGACGCGAACUUGUUCAUCUACUUGAGAUCCAAUGGAUAUCUCAACCACCUAGUGGCAGUGUUACGCCUCCUAACCGUGAGGCCAUGGAGUGCCUUGAGCAACUGCGCCUCCAUCAAAACCGCAACAGCUUCACUGAAGAGACUCUCUCGAUCAUUGAGAAAAGGAUGUUGUCUGUCGUUUCAACCGACGCAGAUAAAACAUACUGCUCUAACCUUCAGGAGGACUUUCGCAGGCUAUAUCUACAGUGCGGCGGCGACCUUGAUGCAUAUCCCCCACCCAGUGGUCUUGUAUCAAGUCGUCGUGAGCCCCCUCUGGCUUCAGCAGAAUCCAAAACGCCAAAUCAAGCGAAAAUCAAUACCCCAGGGCAAGACGACACGGGAACGUUGGAUGUGGCGAUAGACACAGCGAGCGGGUCGCACAGAAACAGCUAG